GACCAUUUAAACAACGACGCGUUCGCUUCUGUUAUUAUGCGUUUUGUAGCCUUGGUAACACGAGUCAGAGCUUCUACUAAAUUUUUUAACAUCAUCUUACGUUUUACUACGCCACAGUUGCACGAAAUGAAAGCACUUGCACUACUAGCUAUUCACGGACUUUUGGCAAAUGUCGCCGCAGAAACACAGUCGAAGGUGGAAUCGAGGGACAUUGAUUUAGGUGCAUCUGAUUAUCAAUGUCCGGAAGGAGUUUACGUUGCUCCUCACGAGACGCAAUGCGAACUGUACUACAUCUGCGCUUCAGGUGGCACCCCAACUCACUUGUACCAUUGCAAAGACGACCUUUUGUUUGAUCUCGUUUACAACGGAUGCAACUUCAAGGAACUAACCGAUUGCGGUGACCGUCUUUCGCCCUUCACCUGUCCGUAUCCUGAUGGUAAAUUCCCCAUUAAAGAGGGGGCAUGCAGUUCCCAAUAUUACGUUUGCACUAACUACGCCAACUACAUUAGAGGUAUGAUAUUUGCACGCACUUGCCCAAGCGGAGGAAUCUUCGACUCUUCUUCAUCGUCAUGCAUCGCAGCUAGUUGUACAACGACAACGACACCUAGAGCACCAACAGCACCGGGCGUUUUCGAGUGUCCGGCACCGAACGGAAGCUUCUCCAGUCCUUAUUCCUGUUCUCAGUACUAUGUCUGCGUAGAUGGAGUAUCUUUCCUCUUCAAUUGUGCAUCAGGACUUUUCUACAAUGCUCCUCUCGACAUCUGCGAUUGGCCGGCCAAUGUUAAUUGCAACUUGUAAAGUGUAUUCUGUAAGGCAUCAGAAGAUCAAAUUUACAAUUGAACUAUCUCCAAUGCAGCAAACUAAAUCUAGAAGGGAUAAUGUAUGACUUAAACAUUUAUCCUAAAUUAUCAUUGUCCGAAUGGAAUGUAACUAACGAAAAAUAUGGUGACAAGAAAACUUAUGAAAUAAACAAAGUUGUUGGUUACACAAA